CAUCCUGGAAACUACCCAGUCACACCUAGGCAGGUGGCCCGCCCCUGCUCCCCGGGUUGAGGAAGCAGGAAAGGUGGCAGUGAGAGGCAGUGGCAGAUCUGCUGGGCAGUGGUGGCCGGAGCCCCAGCCAGGAUGGGCUCUUUCUGGGGCCUGACUCUGCCCCUUUUCUUCUUCUACUUGGGGGCUGGGGCCCCCAGGAGCUCUGCAGGCCCCAGUACCAGUGGAUCAGGCCACACAGAGGUUCCUGCUGUGACUUCGGGGAGCAGGACAAGCUCUGAAGGAGUCUUCUGGACCACUGACCUCACUAAGACCUCUGAUAGAACCUUAAUCCCAGACAGCAUCAUUUCGGAAGCAGAGACCAGGGAAACUGAGACCAUUUUUCCUGCAACACAGAUCAGGGCCCUCAUAAAAAGAACGCUUUCCAAGUCUACGGUUGUGAUCACUACUCCUGUGGAAACAUCAGCCACAAGCGGCAGCCCCACAGGAAGUGGAGUGACUGCAGCUGAGACUGUUACAUGCGAUCAUCUCUUGAAAGCCAUCUUUGACAUCCUUUGCACCUUUGACAGCUCUGAAGAGGCAAAGAGAGUCAUGGUUAAUGUCUUGACAUGGGCGCACACCUCCGCAGAAGCCGAGGCCCUGUCCUCGGAGAGCAGUGCCUCUUCUGACAGCUCAGCUUCAGCCUUCACCUCCUUCCAAGGCCUGUCCCCUGACAUCACUGCUCUGGCUAAAGCCUUGGCUGCCAACAACAUCACCAACAUCGAGGUUACCAACUGCAGCAUUCUAGAUAUAGAAACAACUGCCCCCGUCCCUAGGACUUCAGAUGUGGAUCACAGCCCCACGGGAGGAAAGGCCCUGUCUGCCCCUGAGACGUCAGCUUUGCCUGACUCCACUGAAGCAAGAUCACACCUCCCCAGGACCACAACCUCUGCUAAGGUCUUGUCAGCAGCCAGUGCCACAGCAUCAGCCACACCUGAUGUCACAUCCACCAUCGAUAGCACCGCAGAAGUUGAAACAACAGCAGCCAAGGCCACCACCCCCAGUGGAAACUUGGUGACAGUCAGCAUGAACCCCUUAGAAGAAAACUCAGUGCUCUCUGUUGAGACAACAAGCCACACGGAGGACUCAGGAGCAGUUACAAUCUCCACAGGGGCUGGGUCAACAGUGGGCAAAGUGACUUCCCCAGCUAGGUUCUCAGCCACAGUCUACAGCCUCUCGGAAGUAGCCACUAUCGUGAGCUCCACCCUCUCAGAGCCUUCUACAACAGACAGCACAUUUAGUGGGACUGUUCCCAUCAGCAAGAGCCCUCUUCCUUCUGUCCAUCUGACUACGGCCAGCAGCAGCCAAGAAAAAAGCACCACCUUAGCUAAGACCACAGCCUCAGUGAAGACUUUGAAGACAACCAGCACAGCUCAGGGGAAGCCCUCAGCAGCCAUGCCCACCACUGCUCAGACAAGGUGGACAGAUGUCACUGCAGGUGGGGAUGGAGGCUUCCUCCUCCUAAGGCUGAGUGUAGACUCCCCAGAAGACCUCACUGACCCCAGAGUGGUGGAGAGGCUGAUGCAGCAGCUCCACCGUGAACUGUGCUUGCCUCUCGUCCGUGUCUCCCUGCUGCGUGUCAGGAGGAGCUGAAGAACAUCAGCUGUGACCCAGCAUGGCCGUGCGCUGAAGAGGGACAGUGCUGCCUGUGGCCCGGGCCCCACUAGGACUGGAGCCAUGUUACUGCUUGAGAUGUACCUGGAAGUUUCCCACGUAGAUCAGCAGGCCUGAGGCCUUGCCCUUACUUACAGGGCAGUGGGACCCUGGCUCACAUAUGCCUCACGUAUGUGUGUAGGGAGGGGGUCUUCCCCUACACAGAUGUCCUGGAACCUCCCCUGGCACAUGUGUUGUGUUUCAGUAAAAAGUCACUUGAUCACCUA